GCUUUGACCACAUCCAUGCUGUACUUCCAGCUGGUGAUCAUGGCCGGGACCGUCAUGCUGGCCUACUACUUCGAGUACACCGACACCUUCAGCGUGCACGUGCAGGGCUUCUUCUGCUACGACACGAGCUACACCAAGCCGUACCUGGGACCGGAGGACCGCAGCGCCGUGCCGCCCGUGCUGCUCUACGCCGUGGUGGCGGGGCUGCCCACGCUGCUGAUCACAAUCACGGAGACUGUUCUGUUCCUGGUCCAGUACACAUCCAAAGAGUUCGACCGGUCAGAGAAGACGCUGGCCACCGGAGACUGCUGUUACCUCAACCCACUGGUGCGCCGGACCUUCCGCUUCCUCGGAGUCUACACCUUUGGCCUCUUCACCGUCGACAUCUUUGUCAAUGCGGGGCAGGUGGUGACAGGGAACCUGGCCCCCUACUUUCUGACGGUCUGCAAGCCAAACUACACUGCACUAGGCUGCCAGCAGGCCCUGCGCUACAUCAGCCACCAGGAGGCCUGCACAGGAAACCAGGAUGACAUCCUGCGGGCCCGCAAGACGUUUCCCUCCAAGGAAGCUGCACUCAGCGUCUAUGCAGCGCUCUACCUGGCCAUGUACGUGACGUGCACAGUGCAAGCCAAAGGCACUCGUCUGGCCAAGCCGGUGCUGUCUCUGGGGCUCAUGUGUCUCGCCUUCCUCACUGGUCUGAACCGUGUGGCCGAAUACCGAAACCACUGGUCAGAUGUCAUCGCCGGCUUCAUCAUCGGCACUGCCAUCGCCACCUUUCUGGUGGUGUGUGUGGUCCACAACUUUAAAGGCAAGUUGCUGCUGACCGAGGAGUCACCGGCGGAGCAGCGGACCCACACGGUGAUGGGCCGGGUGGAGAGUCCUCUGGAGAAGUACAUCGCCUCACAGAAUCACAUCGCCUUCGCUGAGGUCACAUGACGUGGAGUCGGCCGUGUGGCAGACCCACUGGACGUCCACGCUCUUCACUGUCCAAUCCUAUUAGCUGGAGCGCAGC